AUGGAUAAUGUUCGAUAUGAUCAGUUCUUAAUGAUAAAGGAAGAACACCCGAAUGAUAACAUACAAGUACGUACAGAAAACGUCGGAAAGGGUGUCAAACACACCGCAAUAACUCCAUGCUUCGGUGCGUUGCAGGCUUUGGAACUCUUUCCGAAUGAUCCUAUUUUCUUUACAAUAUUGAGCCUUAGAAGAAACUUUCACAUAAAACGAGUAGAGGAUAUCAAUUAUGCCCCUUCCCUUUUACCAUUAUGUUUACAAACGAAAAUUCUAGAAAUCGUUAUUACUACGCGGGAAUACAAACAUUAUAUCAUCGUUCUUCCGAUAUUCCAAAUCACAUUUCGAUUUGAAACAAACUUAACUUUGUCCCAAAUCACGAUUUUAACACAUUAUCUAAAAUCGCAACUUGAGAAAUACCAAAUUGCGAUUUGGAACAUUAUUCCAAAUCAUAUUAUCAUUUUAAAUUCUGACAUAAUAGACCUAUCAAAAGUCGAUGAUUUUGGAUAUCCCAAAUUACAAUUUGAAAUUAUAUCUCGAAUUUUGAAUGUGUCAAGUUACGAUUUGAAAUAA